AUGCAUAACAUUUCAUUUAAGCUUCUCCUAUUAUGUGAUCUCUUCUUGUCGUCGUCUUCCGUAAGACACAAUCUUGCGGUUGGAGAUGUCUGUGCGACAAACGAAGAAUGCAGGAUCAACUGUCAAUGUGAUGCAGCGUAUUGCGACCUAAGCUGUAAUAUGUGCGUGUAUAUGUUACAUGUUAUGGAUACAAUUGAUGCCAAUAUUCCUAAUCAACCUUGUAUUUCGGAAUAUCAAAACUGUGGUAAAAAAACAUCUUCACUACAAUGA